AUGGGGAGAGAGGCGCGUCCCUUGCUGCACGUGUCAGAUGUGGCUGUGACGUCGCGGGUCCAGAGCGCGUGCAGCGGCUGCCCCUCACUGCUCAGUUCAGGAGUCCACAGAUGCGGACACACCGUGCUCCUCUCCGGGCCGGUCCUGAGCGCUGAUCAGCGGCUCUGGAGAGACACAUGCUGCGGUCCUGUGCCCGCUCUACAGCCGUUUAUUAGCUUUAUGCUAAUAGCGACUGGAGCGAGGAGCCAGAGGAGGCUUCCCGAGUCUGAGCAGCCUCCUUCGCAGCCAUGGCUGAAGGAGGAGAGGGAGAGGAUGAGAUCCAGUUCCUCAGGACUGUAA